AUGGCCCUCGUGGUGUGGGGCACCAUGUCUACCUGCCACGCCUCCAGGUCCCAGUACUGUCCUCAAGGCACCACGUGGAUCUGCCUUCUGCUCCUGCUGCCUGCCUGUGUCCCUGACACCAUCACCAACCCUGGCAUCAACCCUGGCAUUAAGGCCUGGCUGACCCGGAGGACACUGGAGUUUGGCCGGCGCUUUGGGCUGGAGUUUCUCCAGUCACUGCUGCAGAAGGAGCAUGAGGUGAACCUGAUGGGCUCCUAUAAUACCUCACUCCUGGGGACCCUCACCUACUCUGUGCCACGGAUCCAUGUCCACGAGCUGCAUAUGAAUGACUCCACGCUAGAUUUUGCUGAGGACGUGGGGCUGAGGCUGGUGGUGCAGCGUGCCCGAAUCCAGCUUAGUGCCGACUGGGCAGCCCAGCUGGGCAGCAUCCAGGACAAGGGCUCCGUGGAGAUCCGCAUGCAGGACCUGGCUGUGGCAGCAGUGCUGGGGGUGAGCAAGGACAGCAGUGGCCGCCCCACAGUGUGGAAUGCUGGCUGUGAUGCCCAUGGCACCGACCUGCACAUGGAGUUUCACCGUGGACACAGCUGGCUGUACAACCUGCUGGCACCACUGCUCCAGAGAACCCUGCGGCAACAGCUGAACAAGCAGCUCUGCCUCGAGCUCCACAGGGGCAUUGACAGGCUGGAUGCUGCCCUGAAGAACAUGAAAGUGUUCACCCAGUUGGACGCCUUUGCUGCCAUUGACCACUCCCUGCUGUGGCCACCAGCCAUCACAGCAGAGCACGGGGACAUAGCCCUCAAGGGAGAAUUCUUCAGGGUGGGCACGUACCAGCAGAGACCCUCAGCACUGCCUGUGGCACUGCCCGUGGCCCUGCCCAUGGCAAUGCCCACACUGCUGCCCAUGGCACUGCCCGUGUCUCUGCCCACACCUCUGUCCACGCUGCUGCCCAUGGCACUGCCCCUGGCACGUGAGCCCAUGCUGCUGCUGGCUGUCACUGAGUUCGUCGCCAACUCGGCUGCCUUCACGUACUUCACAGCCGGGGCCCUGCGCGGGAACAUCUCCAGUGACAUGGUCCCGCGGCGAUUCCCACUCCAGUUGAGGACCAAGAACAUGGAGGUCUUCUCCCCACAGCUGCAGGAGCGUUACCCAGACCAGCCCAUGGAGCUACAGUUCUGGGCCCGCCAGCAGCCCCUGCUCUCCUGCCACCCUGAUGCCCUGCACGGGACCCUCUUCGGCUCCGCCGAGGCCUUCGUGGUGCUGCCCAAUGCCACCCGUGUCCCUGCCUUUCUGCUGAACAUUGAUGCCAACGUGACAGGGAAGCCAACCAUCACCAAGAACAGGCUUGGGGGCACUGUGAGCCUGAAGGGGCUCAACGUGACACAGGUGGCAUCAAAUGUGGGCCCAGUGGAGGUGAAGCACCUGGAGACCCUGCUGAAGUUUGGGCUGUGGCUUUUUGGGGUGCCCCGGGCAAACAAGUGGCUCCAGACUGGCAUCCCCCUGCCCCUCCCGCACGGCCUCAGCCUGCUCCGUCCCCGGCUCUCGCUGCAGGAGGGAUUUUUGCUCAUCUCCACGGACCUGCAGUACGAGCCAUGA